CUCUCCUCUGCCAGACGCGCGGAGACACGGGGACUGAGGUGGGACUGUGCGUUUUUUUUUGACGCUCGCUGAGUCGUGUGCAUGUGUCCGGGCAGAGUUGGAGACCGAGCGGCAGCGCGGUGACAGCGGAGAAACCGCUUUAUCUGAGAGACGCGGACGCGGAUGCCGGUGAACCCACAAGUGGACAGGAGAGAAGAAGUUCAUUCGGGCUCGUUCAUUCUUUUUGCCUUAUUAUUAUUAUUAUUACUAUUAUUAAUUAUUAUUAUUUUUUAUAUCUGACAGCCUCUUCGCGAGCUUUCCGGGCGCGGCGUUAACGUGCAAACCGAGAAGGAAAACAAGUUGAUUAAGAAGAAGAAGGGGCUAUUCAGUGCGAGUGGCUCCAGAGUUUUUACUACAUACACACACACAUAUAUAUAUAUAUAUAUAUAUUUUUUUUUUUUUUUUUUGCAUCCCUCGUUACCCCCUCUCCCCGUCCCAUCUGAGCGCGCAGUGACAGGGGGGACGGGAGAACCGGGCGGGCGGACGGACGGACGGACCGUGAAGCCGCGCGUCUCCCCCGGUGAAUGAGCCCCUGGAUGCGGGACGAUGGAGUAACACCCUUAACCACCGGACGCGUCCUUUUCAUUUCCCCUUCUUCCCGCCGCCGACCUCUCGCACGCAUCGGGAUUAUUUCGGCUCUCGGUGACUUCCCAUCCUUCCCCCUCGAGAUGACUGAGGAAUAUGUUUUGCGGUGCGUCCUGAUGCUCUGCUGCGCGCUCCUCUCGGCCAACGCGAGCAACUGGCUGUACUUGGCAAAGCUGUCGUCAGUGGGAAGCAUCAGGGACGAGGAGACGUGCGAGAGGUUACGAGGCCUCAUCCAGAGACAGGUUCAGAUCUGUAAGCGCAGCGUGGAGGUGAUGGAUGCGGUACGUCGCGGAGCCCAGCUGGCUAUAGACGAGUGUCAGUUUCAGUUCCGCAACCGUCGGUGGAACUGCUCCACUCUGGAGACCAUGCCGGUGUUUGGCAAAGUGGUCACCCAGGGCACCCGUGAGGCGGCCUUUGUGUAUGCCAUCUCAGCAGCCAGUGUGGCGUUUGCGGUCACAAGGGCCUGCAGCAGCGGGGAGCUGGAAAAAUGUGGCUGCGACCACAAUGUACAUGGAGCUAGUCCAGAGGGUUUCCAGUGGUCGGGCUGCAGUGAUAACAUUGCGUAUGGAGUGGCCUUCUCUCAGUCCUUUGUGGACGUGAGGGAGAGGAGUAAAGGCCAGUCCUCCAGCCGGGCCCUCAUGAACCUGCACAACAACGAGGCCGGGAGGAAGGCCAUCUUGUCCCACAUGCGCGUGGAGUGUAAGUGUCACGGCGUGUCGGGCUCCUGUGAGGUGAAGACCUGCUGGAAAGCCAUGCCGCCCUUCCGCAAAGUGGGCAACGUCAUCAAGGAGAAGUUCGACGGCGCCACCGAGGUGGAGCAGCGCAAGACGGGCUCCACCAAGGUCCUGGUGCCGCGCAACUCCCAGUUCAAGCCUCACACGGACGAAGACCUCGUCUACCUGGACCCGAGUCCGGACUUCUGCGACUACGAUCCGCGCACGCCCGGCAUGCUGGGGACCGUGGGCCGCCAGUGCAACAGAACCUCCAAGGCCAUCGACGGCUGCGAGCUGAUGUGCUGCGGCCGCGGCUUCCAGACGCAGGAGGUGGAGGUGGUGGACAGGUGCAGCUGCAAGUUCCACUGGUGCUGCUACGUCAAAUGCAAACAGUGCCGCAAGAUGGUGGAGAUCCACACGUGCCGGUGAUGGAGGUGGGGGCGCGGAGGGCGCCGCCGAGAAACGAACGCCCCUCGUUCCUGCCCUGUUCAAGAUCGGAGGGAGCGAAGAGGACACGUGUCGCUAACCCUCUUUCUCCUGCUUGAAAACCACCCCCCACCCUCCUACUACUGGUCAACACGAACAAACAGAACGGCUUCAAAGUUCAAAGGUCAUCCUGUAAACGGAUAUCAGUAGAUUAGGUGUUGGGAUUCCCUAUGAAAAAGCUGCAGCGUCUGUUUGUUUCUUUACAAGUAGUGAGCAUCUUUUUACCUCCUUUUCUUGCCUCCCUCACGCUCUUAUUUGGUUUGAUGCUUCUUAUUUUUUGUAAUGUUUAACUUAUUUGUCGAGACUGAGGAGCUGGACGGGGCGGGCGUAGGAGGAGGGGACGGGCGGCGAGUGGAGGUGACGGACGAGGGACAAACGGGAAGGGGGUGGGGGGGUGGGUGGGGGUUGUAGGGGUUCGGGUGGGGGGUCUGUCCUCGCUGCUGCUGCUGCUGCUGCUGCUUUCGGGACUCGAGCGGAGUGGACAAAAAGGGACGGAAACAAGCGAAGAGGAGCAUGUCACAGGUGGACUUUCUGUGAAAUGCUUCCCGAGUGUACGUGGCUACGCCCCCCACCCAAGCCCCACCCCCCCAGCGAUGCAACCCUGAUGCUGCUCCACUCACACAACGCUCACUGUGUCUCCGUCAAAGGGAGGACGACAAUGGACAGGUCAAAGCCACUGUCAGCUCCCUCCUGUCUUCCCCGUAGCUUCCCCCCCCCCAAAAAAAAAAACAAAACACACACACACUCAGCAAACGCAAGAAAACACCUGUAUGUGCUCACCGGAACUAGAAACCUUACAUCAAAACAGUUUGUGUGUCACCGUGUCAAAUUGUAAAAAAGAAAUGCACAUUUGGACUUGAUGAUCUUGCCCCCCCACCUCCCCCCUCUCCUCCCCCCUCCCUCACCCGUCCGUGCAUGUCGUCAUCCGCCUCAUGCUAGUUGGCUAAAUACGAGUAAACACGCGAUGAAACGCAUGCAUCUGUAAACACACAACGGAGGGGGGGGAGAGGGUUUGCCGAGCAUGUUCAUCAUGCAUGAUGACUGAAGCACUUUUUCUCCAAGCGCACAUAGAGCCCUCACCCCCGCCCACCUCCCUCCUCCCCCCACGGACACCCACGACCACGGUUUUCAAUGUUCAUGUCACACACACACACACACACAAACACACACAGUUCUCCAUGCCACUGUCUGCCGUUGUCUUGUGCCACCACCGUACAGCCAAGCUUUCCCUAUAGUAACGUGCUACCAUUAUAGAGACAAACUAUAGACCUGUAAAGCCGUAUACACUGAAGAAGACUAUACUGCCUAUGAAUGUAUGUUAAUACUGAAUAUAUGCUGUGUCAAAAAAUGACGUUUGUGGCUGUUUGUUUUUGUGAUGGAGGAGAGAGAGAGAGAGGGCGAGUGCCACAAAUACAUGUCAGCAACACACACACACACACACACACACACACACACACACACAAACACACUGACAGACAUAUGCAUAUUUCAAUAAAACCGUCCAUUUCCCGUGUCUUUCAGCCGCAUUAUUAUGUGGCCACAGCAUUUAAAAUGUGUGUGUGUGUGUGUGUGUGUGUGUGUGUGUGUGUGUGUGUGUGUGUGUGUGUGUGUUAGCAGAACAUUACACCCCAAGGUUCUUCCACGCAACCCCCCGACACCUAUAAACACAAUUUAUGCGCCAUGAAUCAGCGCAGAGAUAGAGGGAUGUGUUUCCCCCGUGGCCGCCGCCGCCGCUGGGAACCUGGCAGUCUGGGUUUUUUUUUUUUUUUUUUCAGGGGGGGAGAGAAGAACCGAGGAGGCCACUCGGGUUUCAGCGGCCGCCUGAUUGAGUUUGGGCUGUAGACGGAGCAGAGGCAGAGGCAGGAACACCGGGCUAGGAGCAAAGGGAUUACAGCGAAAUGCAGACCACAUGGCACAAGCUUUUUCCCCUCCUUCUGUCUCUAUCAAUAUCAUACCGCACCACUACCCCUCCAUCCUUUCCACUCUUGCUUACUCGCGUUUUUUUUUUUUCUCCUGCAAUAUCUUUGACUCCUCGUCUGCAGAAAGUGUAACUCUAACCACUCUCAGUCUGCAGCAGCGGGGGCUCUGUCCUCCAUUAAGUCACCCCGAUGAGAUGCGGUGGUGGUGGCGGUGGCGGUGUUGGUGGUGGCCACACUGAUUGGGAAUGUCUGUAGUCUUUUGUGUGUCUUUUGUGUGUGCGAGAGGCUGUCAGACAACCCAGCGUGUAGUCAAGUCAGUCAGUCAGAGAACCCUCAUGCUUCUCGUGGUUUGCUGCGGUUGUGGCGGAGACAAGAGGCUGACAGUAGGGUUUUACCACGCUGGGAGUGGGGCGGGUGUUGCAAAGAAUACACACUCCUUCAAUAGACAUACUGACAGGAUAUUUAGUGCAGGGAAACCAGCUAUUUCAUCAGGCUUUUUCAUGCUGUAUGUCAUCUCGAAAGUGGGAGUGUAGCCUCUAGGAAAACAUUGGUCUGAAAAGUGUGUUUUCUUUGUCGAACAUUUCCACAGGUUAAUAAAAAUACUAGUGAUUAAC